UCGUGUAGGUUGUUCGUGCAGUUUUUCCUUCAAACGUGAAAAACGAGUUGUGUGUGUGGGUUUUUUGAGGUGUAUGAGUGUAAAUUUCCAUUCCGCCUUACCCGCUCCACCAAGCUGCUUCUGGAUCGUUCGGCUAAUGGUGCCGAAUUUACCGACCACCGGCACCACCGGGCAAGUGCGACUGACAAGUGUUGUGCGAAGUGUGUCAAAAUGAAGGAAUGAGAAAACACAAAAGCAUCAUCAAAAAAAACAGCGCCUAUCAAAGCAAACAGUGGCGGUAGCAGCACCCCCUUGGUGAAGUUCUCGUCAACUCGCGUCGCGGUUGUCGCUGUGUUGUGGCGGUCGGCUGGCCGGGUACCGGGUGUCUGGUGCUGAUUUUGUGAAGUGAGUGUUUUGGAGCCCACCGGGGCUUGACACAACACACCCGUCAGUGUCACGGAAGUGAGAGGAAAGAGCUGGGGGAAGCGUUUCGGGAAGCGAUGGAGGCUACAGAAUGAAACCAGAGCAAAGCACACGCAAAAGGUAGUUGAACCGUGCGCGGGGGUAAACAGUUGAUGGAUCCGGUUUCGAUCCACCGUCGCAGGAGGCGUGCACGUGAAUAGAAAGCAAAUGGUUACUAGAUUUAAUGGUUGUGGGCCACAAUUAAAGGGUGCAACUAAACGGAGAAGGGGUCAAACCAUAACCUACCCUUAAAGGGUCGAAAGGAGAAAAACUUGCAACUGUUAAAUGUGAUUUUCCGCCGUGAAGGAAACAGGUGCCCUUCACACGCUGGUGCAAUUAUGCUGAAGUAGUUGAAAGAACGUGCCAUUUACGAGUACCUUUUGCAGCUGAUUGAACAUAAAAAAACCAACAGAAUUUUUAAAAAGCUGUACAAAUGGAUGGAUCACCGCCGAAAACAAACCGGAAGGUACGGUUUUCCCUGCCCGAACCAGCCGUCCCGGCCGUACCCUCGACGACGCCCGUCCAGAAGCAGCGCAUGGCCCACGGUACGAUGCAGUACGUGAACGGGACGCUCAUCAGCCAGUCGCAGCAAACCGCAGCUGCCACCGCCGCCCAGACGCGGGCCCACCAAUCGCUCCAAAUCACGCCCACACCGACGUCCGCCACCGCCAGCCUGCACGCCAGCUCGGCCGGCUUCAAGCCAAAGGAGCUGAACAACAAGAUCGUCCUCCAUCUGCGGCCCUCGGUAAGCUCGCUCGACAGUGGCAGUGAGCUGUCGUCGCCCAAGGGUUCGCCGGGCAGCUCGAACGAGGCGAAAACGGCACGCCAGAAAGCCUUCGCCCAGAAGGCCGGCAACAACAGCUCCGCGUCACUGUCCGGAGGCACCGGAGCGAGCAGGUCGCUGAAAUCCUUGCCAUCGAUCAAUCAAAAGUUCCCCAGCUCGGAGGACGUGAACAACAAUGCCGGUAGUCGGCAGCGAUCGGGCGACGAUCUUGGCGGGCUGUGGAACCACCCGACCAAGAAGCCCACCAUCAUACUGCGCACGAUCGCGAGCAGCGGAUCGCAGACGCACCCGGCGAAGGCUCCCCUAACGGCGAGGACGCGUGCGAAAUCGAUGGGCAAGCUGCCGGGCGGUGUGGCUGGACCGGCCGGGCGACAGUCAAAGUCACUCAUCUCGCCACACCUGGCACCGAUGGACGGUGCGUUGGCGAGGGGACAGGAUAGCACGACCCACGGCAAGUCGGGUGAGAUGAACGGCGGAGGUGGGGACGCAAAGGAUCGGCGGAUUGAGGAGAUCAACGUGUCUAGUAUUAUUCGACAGUCGGGACAGCCGGCUGGAAACGGGAACCAUCGUUCGAUGUACGGCAAGGGCGGACAGUUUUUGGCCGUGCCAGAGUACACCGAUCGGUACGAGGGCAUGGAGACGGCCGUUUCGGCCACGCUGAACGACGAGGAGGAGGACGAGUUUGAGGACAGUGAGCAGGACGGUAAUGGUGGUGUUGGUAGCGGGACGGGCACUGGUGACGAACGGAACGGGACGACGGCCGGCGAUCAGUCGGCGAAUGGGAACGAUUUGCUCAAGGGCGGCCUGGUGGACGAUGGCAAGUUUAGGUGUGCGCGAGAUACGAACCUGGGACGCGAUCGUAAUACGGCACAGUUUUGGGACUUUGUCGAGCGGUGGCGUACGAAUCGAGCGCUGAAGAAGCUGGAAAGUGCCAACCACGAGCCGAGCGCACCGGUCAGUACAACGGUGCUAAUGGGGCCGGACCGAGGCAAGUCGGAGACGAAAAGUCCAACACUCAGCUCGCGAAUACGCGCCCUCAGGAUGAGUCUCGAACAGGUGCCGACGGUGACGACGCUGCUGCGGGCAUCGCGCGACGCUAACGAGUAUCUGCUGAAGGAAGUGUUCCGAGACAUACUGGAGAAUGGUAUCUCAAAGGAGAAUCUCAACUCAACGGAUCGCAGCGGAAGGACGGCCAUCUCGUACAUCUGCUCGACGAACUUAACCAACUUUUUGGAGCUGUUCCUGCAACUGCCCGGCAUCGAUGUCAACAAACCGGACAACGAGGGCAACACGCCGCUGCACUUUGCUGCCCAGGCCGGCCUUUCGGACGUGGUCAACAUGCUGAUCACCAAGUGUCGCAGCCUGAUCAUCGAUCCAAAGAACAACCUCGGCUUCACGCCGCUGAUGAAGGCCGCCCUCCAGGGCAGGACGCGCUGUGCCAAGCUGCUGCUCUUUGCUGGGGCAUCGCCAGUCGAAACCGAUACCGGACGAGGAUUUAGGGCGGAACAGUGGGCACGCUUUUGCGGCAGGCACACCUGUGCCGAAACGAUAGAACAGUGCGCCCGGGCCCGACUGCUGGACAAAUCGACACCGUGCGGUCGGUGGUCGCACGACAUCAACCUACCGGUGGACAAGAAUGCGCUCAAGGCACGCAGCUGCAGCAUUACGCCACAGCCAACGCAAAAUGGCUUUCGCUCCAAGUUCCGCAAAGUAUUUCCGUUCAACUUUAACUCCUCCAAGGACACGAAGGCGGUGGUCAGCAAGGAGGGCGAAGAGAACUACACCAAGGAUCUGGUCAACUAUCUGAAGUCGGCCACACUGUGCGUGAGUGGUCCGGCACUAUCGGCCAAUCGGAAGAUCAUACAGAGCUUGAUCCGACCGUUGGAAGUACCAAAACUUGAGGUGACGUAUGCAAACAAUAAUGCACUCAUCAAAAAGUAUGAAGCAUCGCUGGAAUCCAACGGAUCGGCCGAAACGGUGCGGCGUGCUUCAGUGGAUGGCAGCACCACCGACAGCCGGAAUGGAACGCCAUCACACUCGCCGGUACCGGUCAGGGCGAAGGUACGGAACUAGACGAGCUCUCCAGACCUGUGUGUGUGUGUGUGUGUGUCUGCGUUUGAAACUGUACAGAAGAGAUUGAGAUAUUUAGUCUUCUAGAAUACUAUAAUGCGCACGAUAUGGCGAUGAAAGCUCUCUGUUGAUGCGACAUCUCGUCUUCUCCUCAAUGUACCCACCAUCCAACGAGGAUGGUAGUUUGUAUCGAACCUCUAGGUAAAAGAUACAAUGAUUCGUAUGUGAAGUAAAUGUAACACCCACUAGCAUUUAAGUGAUCUGUCCACAGGUGCGAGGUUCAUUAGUGUAUGAGUGGAAAGUAAGAAAUUAUCUAAAAAUACAUAGCGGUAUGUUAUAUGUACGAUGUAAAAUAUAAGCUGUAUGGGGAGGAAAAUGCCCUUCAACAGUGAUAAUAAUUAGAUGCAUUAGAAUAAUCGAUCCGGAAAUUGAGCAGUGAAAUAAAGUUUAUUUUUAACAACAAUGCAGGAUGAAAACAACA